CCCUUUUCCUAAUUAUUGAGGAUAUAAUAAUUUCUAAGCUGAAAAAAAUAAAAAGUACAAAGAAUCUUGUAUCAUCACUACAAAUUGCAUCCGGAAUGAAAGGAGCAAUAUCUUCGGUAAUGAAUACGAUUGGUCAGCCCAUUCCAAAUCUCCUGUCAUUCCGAGAUUGCUGAUCUCCGUCAUACCCCCAAUGCCAUCCUUGAAAGUGGAAAAAAAAAUAAAAGGUCGAGGUAACGCAACGCGACUUUACUUUCCAACCGUUUCCGUUUGAAAAGGUAUCAAACAACCCGUAUUUCUCAUACUUAUCAGUGUUUGGAGUGUCUUUUGGUUUUCUCUUCCCAUUUCCAAUGACCUCUUUCUCUGUUAUUAUCCUUUUAUCGCGUUUGCGAAUACUUCUUUAAUUUAAUCCAAUUUUUCUUCACAUUGCCAUUCUUCAAACGUAUGCCCUAGGUAAAGAUCAGAAAUGCCUUUCUUCGGGCGUGCGUACUUGUUCCUUCUUCUUCUACGAGUCUGGUUUGCCCUCUCUCCAAGUUAUCUACAUCCUGAUGAGAAUUUUCAAGGUCCAGAGGUUAUAGCUGGUGAAAUUUUCAGCUAUCCUGUCAAGUUAACCUGGGAAUUUACAUCCGAAAAUCCGAUUCGAAGUGUCUUCCCAUUAUGGCCUAUCUAUGGUCUGCCGAUGCUACUCCUUCGAUGGCUCUGGAUAGGAAAUGGAAAUGACGGAGAAAUACCUCCAAUAGCGGUGUUCUUCGCUUUGCGACUGUUGAUGUUGACUUUAAGUUUUGUGCUUGGAGAUUGGGCUAUUUGGGAAUUGGCCGAAUCAAAAAGACAAUACAAAGUUGCAGUCUUGCUUGUGGCAUCUUCAUACGUUACCUGGACAUAUCAAACACAUACAUUCUCGAACUCGAUAGAAACACUGGCAGUCGCAUGGAGUCUGAUUUUAAUACAAAAAAUCACGGCAAUUAAGAAGCAUACUUCGGUAUCGUUAUGCGGAAUUCUUGCCUUCGUUGUGGUUUUUGGGGUAUUUAAUCGCAUUACCUUUCCCGCCUUUCUGUUCAUUCCGGGUCUUCGUCUAUUACCACAUUUCAAGAGAAAGCCUUUUUCGCUCGUUUCGAUGAUCCUCUUCGGUCUCCUUGCUACAUUUAUUGCAAUCUCUUUGGAUACGAACUUCUACGCCAAGGUUCCAGUCACUUGGUCCUAUCUUUUCUCCCAUCCGACAAUUACUCCAUUUAAUAAUCUAAAGUAUAAUCUUGCACCGGAAAAUCUUGCGCUUCACGGCCUACAUCCAUGGUAUCAACAUAGUCUAAUAAAUCUCCCACAAUUAUUGGGACCUGCCACAAUACUUCUCUCCUUACGACCUGUGGCUCCUCUUCGACUUUGCUCUGCUAUCUCGGGCGUCGUUGUUCUUUCAUUAUUCAAACACCAGGAGGCACGAUUCUUGCUUCCAGCCAUUCCUUUAAUAUUGUCAUCUGUAAGAUUACCCAAAUCAAGAAUUUCUUUGCGUAUUUGGGUUGGUUUGUGGAUUUCCUUUAAUGUUUUAUUGGGUCUUUUGAUGGGUGUGUACCAUCAGGGAGGAGUUGUCCCAACUCAAGUCUUCUUGAGCAAACAACCAGACGCUACUCAUGCUUUUUGGUGGAAAACUUAUAGUCCACCAAUCUGGCUAUUGAAUGGCAAAAAUGAAGUGCUCGACACUCAUGAUCUUAUGGGCAUCAAAGGAGAGCUCAUGAUAGAAGAGCUCAGAAAACUAGCGACUUGUCUUCCAAAGUCUGGAGAAGAGCUUACAGAAGCUACUUAUCUUAUCGCACCGACCUCCGCCACUUUCCUAGAUAGAUAUAUGGCAAAUCAGACAGAUCUGUACUUUGAGGAGAUUUUCACAUAUAGAAAGCAUCUCAAUCUGGAUGAUAUGGAUUUUGGGGAUGAUGGGUUCUGGAGUACGACCACGAGGGUGAUUGGGAGAAGAGGUAUUGCGGCGUGGAGAGUUACGAUGAAUUGCCCGGAAGAAACCAAGGGUAUGGAUGAACCGGGAGAUAUCACGGACAAAGGGGAAAGUAGUUAGUUGUGGAAAGCUUAUAAAUAAAUGUUCUUUUGUUUUUGAUUUUGAGAUGAGACUAUUUUGACAUUUUGCGAUGCAGCUCACCUUUAUUAGGGUUCAAUAUUUCGGGAUUCA